AUAAAGCCCUAAACCCAUGAGGACCAGACCCCUUAUAUAAGCAAACCCUUAUUCUACUGAUCCGGCGGCUUCCGUCAAUUUCAUCCCCUACUUUGGUAGCCACUUUCGUUUGAAGGGAGCUUGCCUCACAGCAAUGGCCUUUGUUAAGGCUCAGAAAUCAAGGGCUUACUUCAAGAGAUAUCAAGUGAAGUUCAAGAGAAGAAGAGAGGGAAAAACUGAUUACCGUGCCAGGAUUCGGUUGAUUAACCAGGACAAGAACAAGUAUAACACACCAAAAUAUCGCUUUGUGGUUCGAUUUACUAACAAGGACAUCAUUGCCCAAAUAACAUCUGCUACAAUUGCUGGUGAUAAUGUUCUUGCUGCAGCAUAUUCACAUGAGCUGCCACGCUACGGUCUCGAAGUAGGCCUUACAAACUAUGCUGCAGCUUAUUGUACUGGACUCUUGUUGGCCCGUCGAGUUCUUAAGAAGCUUGAAAUGGAUGAAGAGUAUGAAGGAAAUGUUGAGGCCACCGGAGAGGAUUAUUCAGUGGAACCAGCUGACACUAGGAGACCAUUCCGUGCUCUCCUUGAUGUUGGUCUUAUUAAGACCACAACAGGCAAUCGUGUCUUUGGUGCCCUUAAGGGAGCUCUCGAUGGGGGUUUGGAUAUCCCUCAUAGUGAUAAAAGGUUUGCUGGCUUUGAUAAGGAUAAGAAGGAGCUUGAUGCUGAGGUUCACCGCAAAUAUGUCUUUGGUGGACAUGUUGGUGCUUAUAUAAAGACAUUGAUUGAAGAUGAGCCAGAGAAAUACCAGUCACACUUUAGUGCCUAUAUCAAGCAGGGAAUAGAGCCUGAUGGUCUGGAAGAUCUGUAUAAGAAGGUUCAUGCUGCCAUCCGAGCUGACCCUACUUUCAAGAAAUCCGAGAAACAGGCACCAAAGGAGCACAAGAGGUACAAUCUGAAGAAACUCACUUACGAGGAGAGAAAGGCUAAAUUGGUUGCACGCUUGCAGGCUCUCAACUCUGCUGCUGGUGACGAUGAAGAUGAUGAUGAGUGAAAAGUUCAUGAUUGAUGCUGUAAUAGGAGUUGUCUUAACUUAGUUGAGUUAGCCUUUCCUUUUUGUAUCGGGAUUGAUUGAUGUGUUAUACUUGUAUUCAUGGUUUAUUUUCAUUGUUUACAGAUAUGUUGGUAAAAUCACACUUUGUGGUUUCAGAAAAUGACAACCUAUUUAAGAUUUUAAAUUUAAAUUUAAUAUCUUGGAAAUCAAAUUUUGUGAUCCAA